AUGGUUGGAGAAGAAGAAGACGACCAUGAAAGAAAAUCAACUACCACAUCAACUUCGACAACAACUUUACCAACAACAUCAACAUCAACAACAACGUUACCAACAAUAUCAACAUCAACAACGUCAGGAGUCGCAUAUGCGAAUGGAACUGACAGUUUCUGGCCAAUGGAAAACAAUGCCGUUGAUAUCAUAUCAGAUCUUGAUGGAAAAGGUGUCAACUCACCUACUUAUGUAACACCCGACAUUACCGGUAGUGGAUAUGCUUUGCACCUCAUCCGUAACAGUAAACAGUACAUACAAAUACCAAUCUUCAAAAGCUUCGUUAAUACUAGUUUUACAGUGGAAAUGUGGAUUUAUCCGACGACUUUAAAAAAUGGUAAUUACUAUUUUGGACUCUUUACUCAACGUGAUACAGAAUCAGCAGGCCACUCGUUACAUAUGAUGAUUCGAGGUUUACGGCUGACCUUAGACUUUUAUGCUGAUGGAGUUACUGGUACAACAUCACUAACAAGAGAAACUUGGUAUCACACAGCUUUUGUCUACGAUUAUCCAUCAAAAACACAAAUUAUUUAUUUAAAUGGAUACCAAGAAGCGAGUCGUGUUUCAAAUCGGCCAUAUUUAGGCACGAGUGGUUCGAUCAAUAUUGGGAUGUUCCAGGAGAGUGAUAACUAUCACUAUUUUGAUGGUUACAUCGAUCAAGUGUCACUCACUAUGGCAGCUAAAAGUGCCAGCGACAUUCUUAACGAUGCUACUUUGGCUUCAUGGCAUUCAUUCGAUCGUGAUAUUACUUAUGAUUCAGGUCCAAAUAAACUCCAAGGGAAGGCAUUUGACGUAACAUUAGCACCUGGUAAACUGGAUCAAGGAUUACAGUUCAGCUUGAGUUCAUCUUAUUAUCAGAUAUCAGGCUAUGUCCUUCUUGGAGUCAAUAGCAAUUCAUUUUCGAUGUCUCUAUGGGUACAACGAACAUCGACAGGCGGAGGAACUCUUGUUCAUUACUCGACGCAAACAGAUGGACAAGGAUGGUGUACUGUUCCACUAGGAUUUUCCUCUGCUGGUAAUAUAAUUGCUACUGCUUGGAACCCAAACAAUCAGGUAACAGGUCCUGUUUUAUCGGUCAAUACAUGGACACAUAUUGCCACUACCUAUUCACGAACACAUGGGCUUACAUUGUAUGUUAAUGGAGUAUAUGUAGGUAGUACAGGUAUACAGAACAAUGAUGCAUCAGGUAAACCGGUUAUUCUGACAUUGGGCAACUCACUAAGUGGUGGUGGAUGUAAUUCACAGUCAAUUGCAACAGGCACAUAUUAUGGUUAUUUAGAUGAGUUUCGUGUGUACUCUCGUAAACUCAGUGCCACAGAGGUAUCUGCACUUUCUAAAGGUUACGCCUGCUUUGAUGGACUUAUGAAUGGUGAUGAAACGGACAUCGAUUGUGGAGGCUCAUGUCUUACAUGUGCUGUGGGUAAAAACUGCACAUUGACAAAAGACUGUGAUAAUGUUCCGUGUAUCAACGACAUCUGUACAAUAGGUCCAUCCGGUAACUCACCAUGGAAUACAACAGGCAUCACGCUACUCUCCUCAUCAACAAGAUUCUCAUGUACACGUAUGUUCGUUGAUUCCAAUGACACUUUGUAUGGUGUUGAUAAGUUAAAGAGAUAUGUUUGGAAGUUAUCGAAAAAUGCCGAAAAUGCCGAAGUUGUCGCUGGAAUUUAUGAUUCGACAGGAAGUGAUAGUAUCAAACUAAACUCUCCUCAAGAUGUUUAUAUUGAUCAAUAUGGAAAUAUGUAUGUGCUCGAUACUAACAAUCAUCGCGUACAAAAAUUCAUUAAUGGAACAAAACAUGCAAUAACUAUUGCAGGUGUAACUGAAUCAGCUGGAUGUUCUUUAAAGCAGUUACAGUAUCCUCGAGGUUUCGCUUUUGAUCCAACAGAUACAUUUAUGUAUAUUGCUGAUCGAAGCUGUAAUCGAGUAGUACGUUUUUUGACGAAUUCAACUUCAGGUACUGAUGGAGUUAUUAUAGCUGGAAGACAUAUAGCUGACAAUACAAACAAUGCACUGAAUGGACCAUAUAGUAUUCGGUAUUUAUCAUCGAUAAAUAAUGAUUUACUUAUCGUAAAUUGGGACGGACAUUCAGUAAUACGUUGGGCUAUUGGUGCUACCUCAGGUACGUUUGUCGCAGGUCUACCAGGUAUAUCGUGUUCCAGCUCUAUUUGCCUUUCCAAGCCGACGGAUGUUAGAAUUGAUGCUGAUCAGAAUAUGUAUGUUGUUGACGAGCUGAAUCAUCGAGUUCAAAUGUUUUGUAAAAACAGUGAUGUAGGUUUGACUGUCGUUGGAAAUGGUGUCGCUGGUAAUAGUCCAACACAGUUAAGAAAUCCACAAGGUAUCGCAUUCGAUUCGGCAAUGAAUAUGUAUGUUUGUGAUACAGAAAAUGGACGCGUUCAGAAAUUUCUCAAACUUUGA